AUGGCCGCCAGCCACGGCAACGGGCACGCCGCCGCCCUCGUCGCCGCGACGGCGCUCCUCCUCUGCUCCACCGCCUCCAUGGCGCUCACCCCGGACGGAGAGGCGCUGCUGGAGCUGAAGACGGCCUUCAACGCCACGGCGGGGAGGCUGGGCAGCUGGAGGCCCGCCGACGGCGACCCCUGCGGCUGGGAGGGCAUCUCCUGCUCCUUCCCCGACCUCAGGGUCCAAUCCAUAAAUCUGCCUUACAUGCAGCUUGGAGGCAUCAUCUCGCCCAGCAUCGGGAAGCUCAGCAAGCUACAGAGACUAGCUCUACACCAGAACAGCUUGCACGGCUCGAUCCCUUUGGAGAUCAAGAACUGCACCGAGCUCAGAGCAAUUUACCUUAGAGCCAACUACCUGCAAGGGGGCAUUCCGCCGGAGGUCGGCGAGCUCGAACACCUCACCAUCCUGGACUUGUCGAGCAACCUGUUGCGGGGCACGAUACCGGCGUCGAUCGGGAGCCUCACUCAUCUGCGUUUCCUGAAUGUGUCUACCAAUUUCUUCUCAGGGGAGAUCCCCAACGUCGGUGUCCUUGGAACCUUCAAGAGCAGCUCAUUUGUCGGAAAUCUCGAGCUCUGCGGGCUGCCUAUCCAGAAAGCCUGCCGUGGAACCCUCGGAUUUCCUGCGGUGCUGCCACAUUCUGAUCCCCUCUCCUCAUCUGGUGUUACUCCGAUCAGCAGUAACAAGACUUCGCACUUCCUGAAUGGCAUUGUGAUUGGCUCAAUGUCAACUAUGGCUGUUGCGCUGAUCGCGGUAAUGGGUUUCCUCUGGGUAUGCUUGCUGUCCAGGAAGAAGAACGGUGUGGACUAUGUAAAAAUGGACAAGCCCACUGUCCCGGAUGGUGCAAAGCUUGUGACGUACCAGUGGAACCUUCCAUAUUCAUCGAGUGAGAUCAUUAGAAGGCUGGAGUUGCUCGAUGAAGAGGACGUGGUUGGUUGCGGCGGGUUUGGUACAGUGUACAAGAUGGUGAUGGACGAUGGCACGGCAUUUGCCGUCAAGAGGAUAGACCUCAACCGCGAGAGGCGGGACAAGACUUUUGAGAAGGAGCUCGAGAUCCUGGGCAGCAUUAGGCACAUUAACCUCGUCAAUCUGCGAGGUUACUGCCGCCUCUCCACAGCCAAACUGCUAAUCUACGAUUUCAUGGAGCUCGGCAGCUUGGACGGCUAUCUUCAUGGAGACGCACAGGAGGAUCAGCCACUGAACUGGAAUGCACGCAUGAAGAUUGCCCUGGGUUCCGCUCGAGGGCUAGCGUAUUUGCACCAUGAUUGCUCGCCGGGGAUCGUCCACAGGGACAUCAAAGCCAGCAACAUCCUUCUCGACAGAUUCUUGGAACCCCGUGUAUCUGAUUUCGGCCUUGCGAGGCUGCUCGUGGACAGUGAGACCCAUGUCACGACUGUUGUGGCGGGUACCUUUGGGUACCUAGCUCCAGAGUACCUGCAAAAUGGCCAUUCAACUGAGAAAUCAGACGUGUAUAGCUUUGGAGUGCUUUUGCUGGAGCUGGUGACAGGAAAGAGGCCUACUGAUUCUUGCUUCCUCAACAAGGGACUCAACAUCGUUGGCUGGCUGAACACGCUGACAGGGGAGCACCGUCUGGAGGAGAUCGUGGACGAGAGGUCGGGUGACGUGGAGGUAGAAGCUGUCGAAGCCAUCCUGGACAUCGCGGCGAUGUGCACAGACGCUGUCCCGGGGCAGCGCCCCUCGAUGAGCGCGGUGCUGAAGAUGCUGGAGGAGGAGAUCCUGUCCCCGCCUCUGAGCGAACUGUACUACGAGCAGCAUCUGGAGUUUUGA